AUAAAUGGAGGACUAAGUCCUAUAGCGAAUAAAUUCAACACAAAACUACAGAGAAGAAAAGAAAAAUGUCGUCAGAAUGCGCUGGUAAGAACUCGUGGCCGGAGCUUGUGCGAACAAAUGGAGACUAUGCGGCUUCGGUGAUAGAGAGAGAGAACCCUAGCGUCGAUGCUGUCGUAAUUUUGGAUGGAACUCCGGUGACCGCAGACUUCAGGUGCGACCGUGUCAGGGUUAGGGUUGAUAGAAACCGUAUCGUCGUCAAAACCCCUGUCGCCGGCUAGACAUGUAUCAUCAUUACUAUGCCGCCUAAUAUAUAGAUGAAUAAAGAAAGCUAUAGUCUAUAUAUAGACGAUGCAUGAUUGGUUAGUUAAUUAUGUAUUAAAUAAGUAUCGUUUGCCUGAAUAAUUUCGGGAUCGGUGUUCGUUCUCCGGGCGGAACGGUUACUGAUGUCUAAAGUUUUAUAUAAAUCAAAGUAUCAUGUAUGUAUCUGGUUUCAAGUGAAUGAUAUUAGUGUUCCUAUAUACUACUUAAGGCAGGGAUUAGUAUUUAAA